AUGGCAACGAACAAUGACAAUGGGCAGGUGCCUCUAGAUACACCAAAAUUGCCCAUUGUGGUCGAGUUCUCGGGUGGGCUUGAGAUGCUUUUCUCUGAUAAGCGAAAACACUCAAUCGGAAUACCGGCAACCAAAGCAGAUGGCACGCCGGUGGAUAUCGCCUAUCUGAUCGACUAUCUUUGCCAAUAUACCAUUACGGAUAAGAGAAAAGAGCUUUUCGUUCUUGAUAAGCAUCUACGUCCUGGUAUCCUUGUCCUUAUCAACGAUGCGGACUGGGAACUUGAGGGCGAGGAGUCGUACGAGAUCCAGAGCGGUGACAACAUACUCUUUGUCUCAACACUACAUGGGGGCUAG